GCAACAAAGGCAACACAGAGCAUGAAGUACCAGAGGUUCUGAGCUGGAGGCUGCUUUCAGAGAAAGAGACUUGUCAUUCUAAGAUAUGUCAAUAGCACAGAGCCCAGACUCCCGGGGGACGACAGGAGAGAGGAGCCGAGGUCAAACUAAUCAGGUGCCGUUCACCACUGAAUUUACCAAGAUGCUGCCGACAAGCAGUGCACGCUUUGGUACCUUGAGUCAUCAUUCAUUUUUCUCCCGACACAACCCUCAUCCACAUAGGGUGAGACAUAUUCAAGGACUCAAUGGUAGACCUGUUUGCACGGUGAGAGACGAUUGGUAUGUCACCUCAUCAUUAUUCCCUCAUCCACUUCUCAAGAGCCACGUCCUCAGGAAAGCAGCUGGUCCAUCUUUUGCCUUUCCGCUUGCCCAGAAUCAUUAUGGAGUCAGUAGUAACAAAAGCAAAUCAGCGCUAUUCUCAGAAGCCUGGAGGGAUGAACUAAAAGAACUUGCUGCAAAAGUCAGUGUGUCUUCUAAAGCCCAAAAGGACAAAAAAGAGGAGCAGCCUGAGGAAGAAUUUGCUUGCAGAAAGACCCAGUAUUCAGCUGAAACCGGGAGAAUCAUCCCUCCAUCCUCCAAGUCUUACCAACGCAGAUCCCAUUCCCAGGGCCUGAUGUAUCCUCAGCCCUUCCAUGACCAAGAGCUCAUGGUUUUGGAGCUACUUUGUCAGAUCCUGCAGACAGACUCCCUGUCCACGGUCCAGCAGUGGCUUCUGCUUUCAGGCCAAAGAGAGAAAGACCUGGUGAUGGGGAUGAUCAAACAAGCUCUAGACGGUGUCGACCUCUCAGGUCAUCAUCAGCAGAACUUCCAGCAGGUCCAGGGUUUUCAUCCUGGUGCAUCUCCACCGGUAUAUGGUCCAUCAUUUGACCAGUCACGGAGAACACCACAAAGAAUGAGCUCAUACAGAAUGAACCGAGCUUUCAGCGUGGACAAACCAGAGAGGAUUGGAGAUGCAGAGGUCCUUGAAGUCCAUGCAGGAGUUCAAAAUGAGCCUCAAGAUCAUUCACCUCAGCCCACAGACAGUGUAUAGAAUUCCUGUUUCAUCGUGGUGAUAACUGUAUCAUGGUUACCUUAUUAUGAGAAUUAAUUGGUUCCUUUGUUUAUUGGUCCCAUGAUAUAUGAUAUCCCAGGUUUUCUUUAGCAUAUUUGAUUAGAUGGUUAUUAGAAACACAAGCCAGUUUAAUAAAAGGAUUUCUUUAGAUUUUAUUAACACUUCAGUAAAAGCUGAACUUCAACCAAACAUUUCAGUCCCCUUGAAACCCAUACCUAACCCAUGACCACAUGUACCUAAACCCUAGAUCUGUUUUGCUCUUAAAGGACAAGUGUGUAGGAAUUAGUGGCAUCUAGCGGUGUAGUUGUAGAUUGCAACUCCUUCGCUUAACCCCUCGUCUAAGCAUGAUGGAGAAACUACAGUAGCCAUGAUCUAGAGCCUGUGGCCAGUGUUUGGUUUGUCCCGUGGUAUCUGUAGAGAUUAAAGGCUCAUAUUAAGGUAAGAAAAACUAACAUAAUCAUUCCCAUAUUCCGGUGAUAAUACACUAAUGAAAACAUAGUUAUGACUUUUUCCAACAGAAACACAAAAACAAGUUUUCUAAUAUGUAACAAACUGAACUGAAGUGGACUGCUUUAUGGAAGUUUGGCUCAAUAUAAUAUACUGUAGCUGUGAUAGUGUUCUAUUAUACUGUGGAUGAUGUUACAUAAUUGCAUAUCAUUUGUCUGACGGAUCAUGUUUUGAAACUGAGAAAAGCAGAGUGACAGGAUUAACAAGUAUAACCUGUUGUUUGAAGGGAAAUAAAACGUAUGUUGCUAUGUUGCUGUA